CGAGUUCAGGGCGGCCAUUACACAGCGAGUUUCCCUAGGAAGGUCGGGGGGAAACAGGGAACUAGCUAGCCAAAACAUUAUUGCGGCCAAUCGUAUAUGUAAACUUCACCUGCACUCUGAACGUAUCGGUCUAUGCAUCACCUUGUACCAGAGAACGCAUCUUUGUUCAUUUGUUUUGGUUUCGUCUCUUGUUUCGAUCUGUUAUUCGCAGGCUAGCAGUGUAACGUUCACUUAGCCAGCUAGCCAACAUUAGCUUUGGGGUAGACGCCGAAAACCCGGCUCUUGCGUCGUAUGAAGGGAAAUUAUAUCGCUAAAUCCUGAGCGGUACCUAAAUAUAUCUGGUGAAACCCAGGUGGUAAGGGAACUUUGGUAAAAGGAAUUUUAUUAUUUUAAUAAUUGGGCUCGUUCAAAAUGGACGAUAAAUCAUUUACAAAGGAACUAGACCAGUGGGUUGAACAACUCAAUGAGUGCAAACAGUUGUCGGAGAAUCAAGUGAGGACGUUAUGCGAAAAGGCAAAAGAGAUCCUGACCAAAGAGUCCAACGUGCAGGAUGUGCGCUGCCCGGUCACGGUGUGCGGAGAUGUGCACGGUCAGUUCCACGAUCUCAUGGAGCUCUUCAGAAUCGGGGGCAAGUCGCCCGACACCAACUACCUGUUCAUGGGGGACUACGUGGACCGAGGCUACUACUCGGUGGAGACAGUCACACUGCUCGUAGCACUUAAGGUGCGGUUCCCAGAGCGCAUCACAAUCCUACGGGGCAACCACGAGAGCAGACAGAUCACGCAGGUGUACGGCUUCUAUGACGAGUGUUUGAGGAAAUACGGCAACGCCAACGUGUGGAAGUACUUCACAGACCUCUUCGACUACCUGCCCCUCACCGCCCUCGUCGAUGGACAGAUCUUCUGCUUGCACGGUGGGCUGUCCCCGUCAAUAGACACGCUGGAUCACAUCCGGGCCCUCGAUCGCCUGCAGGAAGUUCCACACGAGGGACCAAUGUGUGACCUGCUGUGGUCGGAUCCUGAUGACCGCGGGGGCUGGGGUAUCUCUCCCCGAGGUGCAGGAUACACCUUUGGACAGGACAUCUCAGAAACCUUCAACCACGCCAAUGGUCUUACUCUCGUGUCACGAGCUCACCAGUUAGUCAUGGAGGGCUACAACUGGUGUCACGACAGAAAUGUGGUCACCAUUUUCAGUGCGCCAAACUACUGCUAUCGCUGUGGCAAUCAAGCUGCCAUCAUGGAACUGGACGACACUCUUAAAUAUUCCUUCUUACAGUUUGACCCUGCUCCUCGGCGCGGAGAGCCUCAUGUGACUCGCCGCACCCCUGACUACUUCUUAUAAGCUCGCACUGGCCUGACGGGGGGGAGGAAAGGCGAGGCCAGACAGGAGCAGAGAGGAGAUUUCUGAAGCAAGCAACAAAGAGACAAAAUAUAUAUAUAUAUAAAUAUAUCCCGGCGGUUGCUCGUACGCGUGUAUAUAUGCACAACACAAAGUGCUGUAUGUUUGUAUAUGUACAUGUGCACGGGAGUCUCUUGCGACGACGUGAAAGCACUAACAUGGACCAAAAUGUGCCAUAUAAAGCAUUUGAUGCCGAAAAAGAAAAAAACAAUUCGCCCUGUGUCUCAGUACUUCAACACACAGUGUACCGUUGUAGCCUCUAGUGCAAUUGCCUGCUGUAUACUAUUGAUGGUAAAAAAGACGUUCUCUCUGUUCUUGAAAAUGUAUAUUAUUACUCUGAGCAACAAAAGAGGAAAAAAAUAAAAGGAGAUGUGAUAAACUCGCUUUCUUCUCCCCUACACAUCCACCUCCCCUUUCCUGCCCCCCACCCCCCGUUAUCACUGGACAUUGUAUUCUGGGUCGGCAGUGCCAGGCAUGUGACAAUACAACAAUGUUUUAUACAAAAUGCACAAGCUUACACUCUACACACACACACUCAGACGACUCUUUAAAACACUAUACUCUAUUUGGAAUGAAUACUUAAUAUUGACGGAGGAGUCUCCUUUUUGGGAGUGUAUGCUUUUAUGUAUAUGACAAAAACCCAUCCACUUUACCUUUCCUUUCUUUCCUUCUCUUCUCCAUCUCUCUCUCUUUACACUAAUCUGUCUGUCUCUGUCUAAACUUCACCAUUUUUUUUGUGUUUACUUUUUUUUUCUCUGUGUAUUUGUCAUGAUGUGAUUGCCUCUGGUGUAUGAACUAAUAAAGUACUUUCAAUUACAAGCUACACCAUAAACAAAAA